GGAAGAGUUGGCACGCCUGCUUUGGCCUGGGUAGGCGUGUACGGGGGUGAUGCUGAAGCGCUGACCUGUUACAUCUCCCUCCUUCUCCUACGUGACGAAGGGCAGCGUUUGUGUACGAGGACUAUUUGGAUACCUCUAUACACGUACGAUGUGUUUUUGGAAUUGAACAAAACCAGCCAAAGAUGGAAGUGGUGGAGACCCUGGUAGCCGUGGCCCUCGUGGUGUUGGCAGCGGUGUUCCUCGGGUCGUUGGCGGCGCUGGCUCUCCUGUGCUACCGGAGGGCGAGCAGCACGAAGCAACAUCAGCUGUUUUCCAAUCCGGAUAUGAGACCGGAAGUUGAACUAAUAAGCGGAGGAGACAUCUGGAGCGAGUUAGAACUGGACGAUGUUCGACUGGCUCCGCAGAUCGACAAGAUCCUGAAUGACACGCAAUGGGUGGACGAUGCUACGGGUGUGAUUCCCCACUGCCUCGCCAUCCUCAAGCUCUGCCACCAGAUGACGGAGCGACUCGUGGCUACGACCAUGACGCCCAUUCACAAGGAUAAGCUUCACGAUAUUAUUGAGGUGAGAGAUGGA